CCUUUCAGCCGGACACAGCGGCUGCAGUUUAUCCGACAUCCGUUAAUCAAUCCACAAGCCCCCUCGACAUGAAGGUUUUCGUCUGCUUGCUGGCGGUGUGCAGCAUGGCUCACGCCGGUUUCCUAGGCGGCGGAGGCGGAAGUGCCCUUAGUUCCGGCUGGUCCUCCGGCGGCAGUGGUGGCUACGGCGGUGGCUAUGGCGGUGGCCAUGGAGGUGGCUGGUCCUCGGGAGGUGGCUACAGCGGCGGCGGCGGCGGCGGCGGUUAUGGCGGUGGUGGCCAUGGAGUCGGUGGCUACGGAGGCAGCGGUGGCACCGUGAAGAUCAUCAAGGUGAUCACUGAUUCUGGAGCUGGCGGUGGCGGCUAUGGAGGCGGCCAUGGAGGUGGCUAUGGAGGUGGCUAUGGAGGUGGCCAUGGAGGUGGCUAUAGCGGUGGCCAUGGAGGCGGCUGGUCCUCAGGAGGUGGCUACAGCGGCGGCGGUGGCUAUGGAGGCGGUGGCUACAGUGGUGGCCAUGGAAGCGGCGGCAACAUCAAGAUCAUCAAGGUUAUCUCCGAUGCUGGUUCCAGCGGUGGUUACGGCGGUGGUUACGGUGGUGGCCAUGGCGGUGGCUACUCCUCCGGCGGCUGGGCUCCCCAAGGUGGUUGGGCUCAGAGCAGUUGGUAA